CAGCGCGACUUCAACUCUCGCGAGAAGAAAAACGCGAUGUCAUGUGGUUGCCGGGGAAACAAGAACGCCUGGGCGUGCAGUGUUGAUCAGAAACACACAUCAGAAACUUCAUGUGAUGGAGUCUCACAGAGAGUUUGGGAAAGCGGUUACAGUGCAGAUUACUGUGUUGAAAGGAAGUCAUUUGAGAGGCAGCGGGGCUGAAUCAUGUCUCAGUUUUGUCCGUGUGGAGUUUAAUGGAUGUGCUCUGGGAGACUCACAAAAACUGGAUGUUGCUGUGGACAAGGAUGCAGUUUACAACUUCACCUGUAGUUUUGAAUGUUCAGAAGGAGCCCACACCCUGGAUGACCUGGCACAUAAACCUGUCAUAUUAACAGUCAUUGAAAUUUUACCCAAAGAGAAGAAGCAGAAAGAGGAGAAAACUGCAGUUCUGGGUCAGGCUGUAGUGGAUCUUCUGCCUCUGCUGAAAGGUCAGUGUAGCUUCUUAUCCUGUGUGCACCUUCACUCGGCAUCCGGAUCACCUGUAGACGACGGUGUAAAACCCACUCUAGAUGUGUCAGUCAGCGUUCAAGAACCUUUGCUCUCAGAUGUCCAGAUCUCUGAAUCCAAUCUGUUGAUGGUCACCGUGGAGACGGCGUACUCCAUUCCUGACAUCUGGAAUGCCGCAUCCACACCUCCAUCCAGCUAUGUGGCCGCCUUGCAGAUUCCCCUAUCAGCUGGGGAAGCACAAGCGUUAUUGUUCUCCAACGGCACAGUGAAGAUGGGUGGCGAAAGGGAAUCAGUGCCAAGGCCCAAAAAAUGGCCAGUGGGGCCCCUCCUCGCUCCAGGGGCCGAAAUCAUGGAGGGCCAGUUUAUUGACACAGAACCCAUGGAUAUGGGUCACGGAGACCUUACAGAUAUCGAGGACACGGAUUUUAGAGCAGAUGCAGAGUGUAACAGGAAAAGAGUGAGCUGGGACACAAUGCAGCGUUGUUUUAUUGAUACAGGAGGUGUGGCCUGUCUGUCCCGCAAGAUUGCAGAAUGCAGACUGUGGCCCAUCGAAAUCAUGAGAUGCACUCAAACAGCGCCAACUAAAUCUGCGAAGAACAGCAAAGAAAAGCAGGGGGAGGAUGAGGCUCAGAUGUCAUUUCAUGGAGUGGUGUACAUGGACCUGGCACCGCUGUUGUACCCAGGUGUUCGCCGUAUACAUGGAGCGUACAGGAUCUAUCCAUUUUAUGAGUCUGAUCUUCUGGCUAAGGCUCAGAGAACACACAGCGUUCUGAAGGAGCAACUCAGAGCACCAGGGAACAAAGAUGCUUUCAAAAAGGGGAAACCUGCUCAGACCGACAGUCCACCUGAUAUGGAGGUGCAGGUGAACAUGGAGGGACAGAUGUACGCAGAAUCAAGAUCGUACAUUGUUAUUGAGAUUGCUUUGGAGAAGCCGCUGGUUCCAAAGAGACCACCGGAAGUGCUAGCCAAACGUGUAAUGGAGUUAAUCCCACCGAGACCUCCUCUGCCUCGACGACCAGCGGGAGCAGAAAGGGCAGUACAUGAAUAUCAGUCUCAGAUAGCGAGCGUGGCCGCACAGGUUUUGGAUCAGUACCAGCAGCUGUUUGGAGAGGCGUUUGUGCCGGGCGGGAUUCCAGUGGAUCCAACACUUCAAGAGCAUCGUAAAGCACAACUGAUCGGAGAACUCAACUACUCUGGGAAAUACUUUGCCUUUAAAGAACAGAUGAAGUACUCUGUGGUACGGAUUGUCCGGGAGAAGAUGUUGAGGACAGAAUCCUUCUCAAGCCCUGAGCAGCUCCAGGCGUUCUUGAGUCAGCUCUAUGUGUUCCUGGUGGAUGAGAUGCACGUUGCUCUCAAUAAGACUCUUUCAGUGGAUUCUCAAGACACACAUCAUGAGCCUCUGCUAAGCUGCUCUCAGCUCAAACUCUUCGCCAAAGAGGCCGAACUCAACACAGACUACCAGCAGGCCGCACAGUAUUUUCAAGAGUGUCUUGUUCGAGACGGCAGUGACCCGUCCCACUGGUUUGAUUAUGGAGCGUUUCACAUGCUGACCGCUGAGCACAUUAAAGCCGAGGAGUGUUUCCAGCAGGCCCUGUCCAUUGAUCAAACGCACACAUCCAGUUUGCUCAUGUGUGGUGUCCUGUCAGAGAUGAAUGGACGUUAUGAGGAUGCUGAGAUCUUCUUUGAAAGAGCCACUUGUGUUGAGCCCAACAGUGUGGUUGCCUGGACUGUAUUAGGUCUGUUUUGCCAGUCUCAGGAUAAGUCCAUCCAAGCUGAAAUGGCUUUUCUGGAGGCCAAUAAACAGCUUAGUUCAGUCCUGCAGAACAGGCCAAUGUGUGGGACAGAGAUAACCUCUCACCCUCACACUGAGUAUGGUGUCAAAACCACCAUAUACAUGGAGACUGUGCGAUUUCUAUUGCAGAAUUAUGCUUUACAGAUGGCACAGCGGGCGCUGGCACAAGAGCUUCUCUCUCCAGAUCGUGGACUCGGCUCAUAUCAUCUCGCUUUGGCCCAGUUACAGCUGCUGAGAGGAGAUCAUAGCAGUGCUGAGGAGAGCCUGAGAGAGGCACUGAUGGACAACUAUGAGGAUCCGGAUAUAUGGGCCCUGUGGGGUCACCUGCAUUACAUGAGAAGGGAUUUCUCUCAAGCUCAGAGCUGCUACGAACGGACACUGGACUCUGUUCUGGAUGCUUCGGACAAACACUCAAUAUAUCUCCGCCUGGGUUCAAUCUAUCUGCAGGAUGGAGAAUAUAAAAAAGCCAAAUCUACAUUUCUGCAAGCAUGCAGAAGCUCUCCCUCUUGUCUUACAUGGCUUGGGCUGGGAACAGCUUGCUAUAGACUGGAUGAGCUGACAGAGGCUGAAGAUGCCCUGACUGAAGCUAAUGCACUAAACAACAGGAACGCUGAGGUCUGGGGCUUCCUGGCUUUAGUUUGUUUACGGGCUGGCAAAAAGCUUGAGGCUGAACAGUCAUAUAAAUAUGCUAUAAAGAUGAAUUUACAGAAAGAAUCUCUUCUGCAGGAGAUUCAUGACCUGCAGGCACGUGUUGGAUUUGGAAACCCUUCCUUUUGAUCAGUCUUAUAUUGUCUUAUAACUGUUAUUUUCUAUGAUCCUAAUGAAAAGUGUGUGAAGGGAAAUAAAAGUAAGAAAAAAUACU